ACCAUCAGAAGAAACCCAGAAACCUCUGGCUACGUUAAUUCCUGGAAACUCCAAGAAUAUAAUAUUAUUUAUAUGUAGCUGUAACAAAAUUAGGAAAAACAAAAAUAAUAUAUUUAUAUAUAGCUGUAAAUUAACUUCUUUUUCAGUUAUAUCCAAACUACUUGUUCCAUACUUCUAUUCCUUACAAUCCCUUUUGGUUCCAUCCAGUUACAUCGCAACACCUGUUGUUUCUGUCCACAGAACGAUCACAAGGAUCCCAGCACCUCCCUAAAAUCCCAGAAACCUCUGGCUAUUUUAAUUCCUGUAAACUCCAAGAAUUCUCACUGUUGAUUAAUCAAACAGAGGUUUUAUAUAUAUUCUAGCUCUAAAAUGGCUCAGGACACGUCUUCUGGUGCUGAUUCACCUCGGAGACGUUCUGGUCUCUUGCGAGAUCAGGUUCAAUUGGUUAAGAAAAAGGACUCCAAUCGCUAUGAGAUUGUUCCAAUAGAAGAGCAACUGUCAUUUGAGAAAGGUUUUUUCAUAGUCAUUCGUGCAUGCCAAUUGUUGUCUCAAAAGAACGAUGGAAUAAUUUUAGUUGGAGUAGCUGGUCCUUCUGGAGCUGGAAAGACUGUAUUUACUGAGAAGGUGCUCAACUUCAUGCCCAGUAUUGCUGUCAUAACAAUGGACAAUUACAAUGAUGCUAGUCGUAUCAUUGAUGGCAACUUUGAUGACCCACGCUUGACAGAUUAUGACACACUGCUUGAAAACAUACAUGGUUUAAAAGCUGGGAAAGCUGUUCAAGUUCCAAUAUAUGAUUUCAAGUCUAGUUCCCGCACAGGUUACAGGACAGUUGAAGUCCCUAGCUCCCGCAUUGUGAUUAUUGAAGGCAUUUAUGCUUUAAGCGAGAAAUUGCGGCCUUUUUUAGAUCUUCGAGUUUCUGUCACGGGUGGAGUUCAUUUUGACCUUGUUAAACGGGUUUUUCGCGACAUUCAACGUGUUGGCCAAGAGCCUGAAGAAAUAAUCCACCAGAUCUCUGAAACAGUGUAUCCGAUGUACAAGGCUUUUAUUGAGCCAGAUCUACAAACAGCUCACAUUAAAAUUAUCAACAAGUUUAAUCCCUUCACAGGAUUUCAGAAUCCCACUUAUAUUUUAAAGUCAACAAAGCAAGUGACUGUGGAUGAAAUCAAGGCUGUUAUAUCUGAAGAACACACAGAAACUACUGAGGAAACUUAUGACAUAUAUCUUCUGCCGCCUGGUGAAGAUCCUGAAGCAUGUCAAUCAUAUCUGAGGAUGAGGAACAGGGAUGGGAAAUACAAUCUCAUGUUUGAGGAAUGGGUUGCAGAUAGUCCAUUCAUAAUAUCACCUAGAAUAACAUUCGAAGUUAGUGUGCGUCUUCUUGGAGGACUGAUGGCUUUGGGAUAUACAAUUGCAACUAUACUGAAAAGAAGCAGCCAUAUCUUCUCUGAUGAUAGGGUGUGUGUGAAAACUGAUUGGUUAGAGCAACUGAAUCGCAAAUAUGUUCAGGUGCAAGGAAAAGAUCGUUUAUAUGUUAAAUACAUUGCAGAGCAGCUGGGGUUGGAAGGUUCAUAUGUUCCUCGCACUUACAUAGAACAAAUUCAGCUGGAAAAACUCGUGAAUGAUGUUAUGGCAUUGCCAGAUGAUUUGAAAACGAAGCUCAGCAUAGAUGAUGAAAUGGUUUCAAGCCCUAAAGAAGCCCUUUCCCGGGCCUCUGCAGAUCGGAGAUCUAAGUACCUCAGCCGUGGUAUAUCACAGUCAUUUUCAAGUCAACGAGACAAGAAUAUACCUAAGCUCGCUAGAGUUGCUGUCAAUAAUACAAGGUUUGAUGGAAGGACACUAGAAUCACCAGCCUCAGUUGCAAACCAGGGAGUCAUUAAUCAACUUUCUGAACAAAUUUCCACACUGAAUGAGAGGAUGGAUGAGUUCACAUCUCGUAUUGAAGAGCUGAAUUCCAAGUUCUCAAUCAGAAAAGUUUCAACUAGCCAACAAAACUUAGCUCUGCCAGCUGAAACCUGCAAUGGCUCCGGACCGACUUCUCUUUUCAUGACUGGCUUGGCAAAUGGUUCAUUAACUGGGUCUGUCCUUCCCAUUUCAUCAUCUUCUUCCCAAUUGGCUAGGGAGUCCCCACUUAUGGAAGAGGUUCUACUUAUUGCUAGAGGACAACGUCAAAUUAUGCUCCAAUUAGACAGUAUAAGCAAUAUUCUGCAUGAAUACUGGGGAGAAAGGUCUCGUCAAGAAAGAGCAGAUGAGGCAGGCCGGAAGAUCGAUAUUGACUCAAUCAGUGUCCCUCUUAUUCUAACUUUAGCAAUUGGUGGUAUCAGUAUCUUUCUGUUCAAGGGUCUCACAUUUCAGAAAUGAUUAGUCAUAUGCUCAUGUUCAGCUUCAGCAUAGAUAUUGUUUUUGUUACUGUUGUCAUAUUACCCAUUUAGAGAGAGCACUCAGCUUUCUUGAUCUUCAAUGUAUUUGAACUCGGUGAUAAUCUGUGAUUUCAAAUAAAAGCUUCCACUGAUAA